AUGAGUUUUUUAAAUUGGAAUUGUCGGGGGCUUGGGAACCCUCGGGUGGUUCAAUUCUUGAAGGAAAUUGUAUUCCAAAAGAAGCCCAAUGUGAUCUUUUUGUGUGAAACUAUUAGUAAAAAAGAAAAAGUUGAGUUUGUAAAAAGUAGUUUGGGUUAUGAAGCUUGUUUUGUUGUUGAUGCUGUCAGACAUAGUGGAGGCUUGGCAAUGAUAUGGAAGUUCCAACAUGAAGGUAGACUCCUAACCUAUAGCACUAAUCAUAUUGAUAUGGUUUUUCAUUUGGAUGGAUAUCCGAAAUUUUGUUUUACCGGUUUCUAUGGAGAGCCACAAAGAAGUUUAAGAUCGAAUACUUGGGGAAGAAUACGGCAACUUUCCAAGGAAUCUACGUUGCCUUGGUGUCUCAUGGGGGAUCUUAAUAACGUUUUGUCUCAAGGAGAUAAACGUGGGGGGCGCCCUUAUCCAGGGUGGCUUGUUGAUGGCUUUCAAGAAGUUAUAGAUGAGUGUGAGCUGCUGGAUAUGGAUCUUAUCGGGCAUCCUUUUACUUGGGAGAAGGGGAAAGGUACGCCAAAUUGGAUUGAAGUUAGACUUGAUCGUGCUCUAAUCUCUAAUGCUUGGAACUCUCUUUUUUUGGCUGCUAAGCUUUUUAACAUGGAAGUCUCAGCUUCAGAUCACUCUCCGCUUUGGCUUGAUCUUGCUUUUCGAAAACCGGAGAAAAUUAAGUGUUGUAGCACCUCCCUUGCUGAAUGGGGAAAAGAUAUAACUGGAAACUUUAAGGAUCGUAUUGCUCGAUGUAACAAGGAGUUGAAAAAAUUGAAAGGGCGUCGAGACGAUACUUCGGUACAGAAAUAUAAGGAUACUCAUGAACAACUUUUUGAGAUUCUUACACAGAAGGAGGUCUUUUGGAGACAACGAUCAAAGCAACUUUGGUUACAAGCAGGGGACAAGAACACAAAAUAUUUCCAUGCUUGUGCAAAUACGAGAAAGAAAAAUAACCAGAUUGUUUCACUCAAGAAUGACAAUGGUGUGUGGGUGGAUUGGGAUAGUGGAUUGGCUACGGUGAUGAUUGACUAUUAUACAGUUCUUUUUGCUGCUUCGGAUAUAAGCUGGGAACGAGUCACUAAUUGUGUCCAAGGAAGAGUAACUACUGAGAUGAAUCAUGAUCUUGUGACUCCGAUUGAUAGUGAAGAAGUGAAGAGAGCUUUGUUCCAAAUGCAUCCAGAUAAAUCCCCGGGUCCUGACGGUUUUAAUCCGGGGUUCUAUUAG